UAUGGUACUAAUAAACAGUCACCCAGUGAUAAUGCCGACAUUGAUAAGUUGGCUGAUGAAUUACUGGUUCACAUUCUGUCUCGCAUGAGCCUCAAGGAAGCUGCAAGGACUUGCAUCCUUGCGCGUAGAUGGAGAUAUUUAUGGAGGUCUGUGUCUGGAACCUUGCAAUUUGAUGUUAGGGAUUUUGUGACUGCCGCUGGAGAUGGAAUGGAAGUGGAGAAGUUUGUGUCUUGGGUGAAUACUGUGUUGGAGCUUCAUCAAGGGAGGUAUAUUGAGGGUAUAGUUGUUAUAUUUUGUUUUGGAAUGAAUGAAAAACAACUUGAAACGAUACAUACGGCUAGAAUUGCUCGUGUGGUUGACAGUUGGGUGUAUGUUGCUGUGAAAAAGGAACUUGAGAGGUUUGAAUUGCAUCUACCAUGGGCUACUCAUCAUAAAUUUCCUAGCAUUGAAAUGUUGAAGUCACAUUCACAUGGGGGCAGUAACAGCUCACCUUUCUGCCGUCUGAAGAUUCUUAGGUUGCUAGAGGUACCAAUCGAGGAUGAGGUGGUGCAUUACUUUCUAGCCUCGUGCCCCAAUCUCGAACAAUUGUUCAUAUAUCAUUCCGACGAUACAAAGAAUAUUCGAGUUGUUGAUCCACCAAGCUUGAGAGUGUUGGAAAUAAAGAGCUGGUAUCUCGAGAGUUUGGAGAUAUCUGCUGAGAGUCUCGUCUCAUUAGCACAUGUGGCACCGAGAAUAUGUGAUUUGAAGAAAGUUCCUAAUCUUGAUGAAUUAACCAUUGGCGAUGACUCCUUUUUGUACUUUAUUUCUGAACCCAACUCUAGCUAUUCAGGUCAGCUGGUGAAGCUUGUAGUGGAUCUUCAGAGACUGGUUUGUGUUGCAACCCAACUCUAG